CCUUAGAAAACAAACACACAAACGCCUAGAAAGUGAAGUCACUCGAUUCAGUUUGGAACCAUGGUUGCGAGAAGUGAGAAUCGGAGUGUGAAAGAUACGCCAGCGGAAAAUGAGAAUUUUGAUCGGACCGUGGAAGAUACGGCGACGAGUUGUCUGAUGCUGUUACCUAGGGUAGGGAAAUGCAUCCGAGGAGAGAGUCGCAUUUACCGAUGCAAGACAUGUAUGAAAGAGUUCUCAUCGUUCCAAGCGUUGGGAGGCCAUCGCGCAAGCCACAAGAAGCCAAUUAACAACUCCAGCGACGACUGUUCGUCAUCAGGAUCCGUUACAAAAAAUACCAAAAAGCAGUCGUCACAUACUUGUCCUAUAUGUGGCUUGGAAUUUCCGAUGGGACAAGCUCUCGGUGGUCACAUGAGGAAGCAUAGGAACGAUAAAGAAAGCCUCGCGUUGGUUACACGCUCUUUUUUGCCCGAAGUGUUGACUACAACUUUGAAGAAAUCGAGUAGUGGGAAGAGAGUGGCGUGUUUUGACUCGGAAUUGGAUUCGAUGGAGGGUAUAAUCAAUUUGAAUUUGGAGUUGGGAAUAUCAAUUUAUUGAUUUCGUUUUUCUUUACUAUAUUUUGAAUAUACUGCUGUAGUUCCUGUUUGUUGUAGUUUUGGUUUUAUAU